AAAACCCUCACACAAACACACUAUAUAUAAACACACAGUUGUACACCCUCCCAAAACCCUCUGAAUCUUUCGGUUCUUGAAUAUACAUACAAAUACUUACACACCCUUUUCAUAUCUUGUUCUUUCUUGUGAACUUGAUGUGUUUUUCUUGCCAAAAAGUGUAAAAGAUUGCAACUUUCUUGGUGGGUUUUUUGUUUAACAAUGGAUGGAAGUGAUAUAUACAAUGCAAGCAAUAGUUUUAGAAAAAGUGGCAAUCUUGGAAAUCUUUCUUCAGUGUGGAGGAAUAAUGGCAUGGAUGUUUUCUCAAAGUCAUCAAGAAAAAGUGACUUUUUUGAUGAUGAGGAGGCUCUGAAAUGGGCUGCUCUGCAGAAGCUGCCUACUUAUAAUCGCCUGAGAAAAGGGCUUAUUCUUGAUCCUAGUGGGGAGGGUGGACAUGGGGUUCUUGAGGUUGAUGUGGAGAGUCUUGAUGUGCAGCAGAGAAAGGAGUUGUUGGAGAGGCUGGUGAAGGUUUCUGAGGGUGAGAAUGAGAAGUUCUUGAUGAGACUUAGGGAGAGGCUUGACAGAGUUGGGAUUGCAUUGCCCCAAAUUGAAGUUAGAUUUGAGCAUUUAAGUGUUGAUGCAAAGGUUUAUGUAGGGAGCAGGGCGUUGCCUACUUUCUUGAAUUUUGUAGGGAAUGUAAUUGAGGGCUUUCUGAACUACCUCCACAUACUACCAAAUAGAAAGAAGGAUUUGUCUAUACUUCGUGAUAUCAGUGGAAUUGUCAAGCCUUGCAGAAUGACAUUGCUUCUUGGGCCGCCAAGUUCUGGCAAGACAACAUUGCUGCUGGCUUUGGCUGGAAAGCUUGAUUCUGAUCUUAAAACUUCUGGGAGUGUGACUUACAAUGGUUAUGGCAUGCACGAAUUCGUACCCCAGAGAACUGCUGCCUAUAUCAGUCAAUAUGAUUGCCAUAUAGGAGAGAUGACUGUGAGAGAAACCUUUGCUUUUUCUGCAAGGUGCCAGGGAGUCGGAUCUCGCUAUGAGAUGCUAGCUGAACUGUCAAGAAGAGAGAAAGAAGCAAACAUUAAGCCCGAUCCUGACAUUGAUCUCUUUAUGAAGGCUGCUGCAACUGAAGGACAAGAGGCCAGUGUGGUUACAGAUUAUAUUAUAAAGCUUUUGGGACUAGAAAUCUGUGCAGAUACUGUGGUUGGAAGUGAAAUGAUAAGGGGUAUUUCUGGUGGACAAAGGAAGCGUGUUACUACAGGUGAAAUGUUGGUUGGACCAUCAAACGCACUUUUUAUGGAUGAGAUAUCUACUGGUUUGGACAGUUCAACAACAUAUCAGAUUGUAAAUUCACUACGCCAUGCAGUCCACAUUCUUCAAGGAACUGCUCUCAUCUCCCUUUUGCAGCCAGCCCCAGAAACUUAUGAUUUAUUUGAUGAUAUUAUCCUCCUAUCUGAUGGCCUUAUAGUUUACCAAGGUCCUCGAGAAAAUGUGCUUGAAUUUUUUGAAUCAAUGGGUUUCAAAUGUCCAGAGAGGAAAGGAGUUGCAGACUUCUUGCAAGAAGUAACAUCAAAACAGGAUCAGAAGCAAUACUGGUUGCAUAAAGAUGAACCUUACAGAUAUGUUACAGCCCAGGAAUUUUCCGAAGCUUACCUAUCAUUCCAUGUGGGGCGGAGACUCGGUGAUGAACUUGGAACUCCAUAUCACAAGAGCAAAAGUCACCCAGCUGCUUUGACAACCAAUAAGUAUGGUGUAAGAAAGAUGGAGCUCUUAAAAGCAUGUACCUCAAGGGAAAUUUUGCUUAUGAAACGAAAUGCAUUCGUUUACAUCUUCAAAUCGGCCCAACUUUUCAUUGUGGCAUUGAUUACGAUGACAUUAUUCCUGAGAACUGAGAUGCACAGAGAAUCACUAAAUGAUGGAAGCAUAUACAUGGGUGCUUUGUUUUUUACCGUAAGUACGAUCAUGUUUAACGGAAUGGCCGAGCUGUCUAUGACCAUAGCAAAGCUUCCUGUCUUUUAUAAGCAAAGGGAUCUUCUGUUUUUUCCCCCUUGGGCGUAUGCACUGCCUUCAUGGAUCAUCAAAAUCCCUAUUUCAUUUAUUGAAGCUUUCAUCUGGGUACUUCUUACUUAUUACGUUAUUGGGUUAGAUCCAAAUGCUGGAAGAUUGUUUAAACAGUACCUGCUUUUAGUACUCAUCAACCAGAUGGCUUCGGCAUUGUUCCGGACUAUUGCAGCAGCGGGAAGGAGUUUGAUUGUUGCAAGCACGUUUGGUUCAUUUGCAUUGCUUAUACUAUUUGCACUUGGGGGCUUCGUGUUGUCACGAGUUAACGUAAAGCAAUGGUGGGUAUGGGGCUACUGGACAUCGCCAAUGAUGUAUGGGAUGAAUGCCAUUGCAGUGAAUGAAUUUCUUGGGCACCAGUGGAAUCAUGUUCUUCCUAACACUACAGAGCCACUAGGAGUCUUGAUCUUGAAAUCACGAGGGUUCUUCCCCUAUGGAUAUUGGUACUGGAUAGGAGUUGGGGCAUUGCUUGGAUAUAUAUUUCUUUUCAAUUUCUCCUUCACCCUGGCUCUGAAUUUUCUUAACCCUCUUGGAAAGCCUCAAGCUAUUAUACCAGCAGAAAGCUACAAAGGAAGAACUAAAGAGGGCGUUAAUCAGCAGUCAUUUAAAGAUGGAAGUGAUCAUAUGGCAAAAAAUUCACCUCCAUUUUUAUCUGCUAGAACAGAAGAUACUGCGGAGGCUCAUAACAAGAGGAAAGGAAUGGUUCUACCUUUUGAACCACACUCAAUUACGUUUAACGAAAUCAAAUAUUCUGUAGACAUGCCUCAGGAAAUGAAAGAGCAAGGUAUAAGUGAGGAUAAGUUGAUGCUCUUAAAAGGUGUGAGUGGUGCUUUCAGGCCCGGUGUUCUUACUGCUUUAAUGGGUGUAAGUGGUGCUGGAAAAACAACACUGAUGGAUGUACUGGCGGGUAGAAAAACAGGUGGAUAUAUUGACGGUCAUAUUACAAUAUCUGGUUAUCCAAAGAAACAAGAAACCUUUGCUCGGAUAUCUGGAUACUGUGAACAGAAUGACAUUCACUCACCUCAUGUUACUGUCUAUGAAUCUUUGCUCUACUCAGCGUGGUUGCGACUGCCUAUAGAAGUUGAUUCGAGGAGUAGAAAGAUGUUUGUUGAUGAGGUCAUGGAACUUGUUGAACUAAACACUUUGAAGGAUGCACUUGUUGGCUUGCCAGGUGUAAGCGGACUAUCGACCGAGCAGCGCAAGAGACUAACUAUUGCAGUUGAGCUGGUGGCAAACCCAUCAAUAAUAUUUAUGGAUGAGCCAACUUCAGGUCUGGAUGCAAGAGCUGCUGCUAUUGUUAUGAGAACAGUGAGAAACACAGUAGACACAGGAAGAACAGUUGUUUGCACCAUCCAUCAACCAAGCAUAGACAUUUUCGAAGCUUUCGAUGAGUUAUUACUGAUGAAACAAGGAGGGCUGGAGCUGUAUGUUGGACCAGUGGGACGGCAUUCUUGCGAGCUAAUUAAGUACUUUGAGGAAAUAGAAGGAAUAAGUAAAAUCAGUGAGGGAUAUAAUCCAGCCACCUGGAUGUUGGAAAUCACUAGUCCUAAGCAAGAAAUGAUUCUUGGGAUUGAUUUCACUGAAGUGUAUAAGAAUUCGGAUCUGUACAGGAGAAACAAAGCUUUAAUUACUGAAUUAAGUACCCCUCGUCCGGGGUCAAGGGAUUUAACUUUCUCUACUCAGUAUGCUCAAUCAUUCCUUAGCCAGUUUGUAGCUUGUCUGUGGAAACAGAGAGCAUCAUACUGGCGGAAUCCUUCCUACACUGCAGUCAGAUUUCUCUUCACAACCUUCAUAGCAUUGAUGUUUGGGACGAUGUUCUGGGAUCUUGGUACCAAGGGGAAAACUAGGCAAGAUCUCUUCAAUGCAAUGGGAUCUAUGUAUACUGCGGUUAUCUUUAUUGGAAUCCAAAAUGCUUCAUCGGUGCAGCCAGUAGUGGCUGUCGAACGGACAGUGUUUUACAGAGAGAGAGCUGCUGGAAUGUACUCGUCUUUGGCAUAUGCAUUAGCUCAGGUUCUGGUAGAAAUACCAUACAUUUUUGUGCAAACUGUGGUAUAUGGUGCUAUUGUAUACUCAAUGAUCGCAUUUGAGUGGACAGCUGCAAAAUUCCUAUGGUACUUGUUCUUCAUGUUUGCCACUUUAUUGUACUUCACCUAUUAUGGCAUGAUGACCGUGGCUCUGACUCCCAACCCAAGCAUCGCUGCUAUUAUAGCCGGUGCUUUUUACGGACUAUGGAAUUUAUUUUCCGGAUUUAUCAUCCCCAGAACUAGGAUGCCAAUAUGGUGGAGAUGGUAUUACUGGGCCUGCCCUGUCUCGUGGACACUGUAUGGAAUGCUGGCUUCUCAGUUUGGAGACGUGCAGGAUGUGCUGGUUGAUGCAAAUAUCAGUGUCGCAGAAUUUCUGGAAACAUUCUUUGGAUUUCACCACGACUUUGUUGGAGUUGUCGCAGCUGUCGUCUCUGGUUUUGCACUUCUUUUUGCUUUCAUUUUCGCGUAUUCCAUCAGAGUACUGAACUUCCAAAAUCGAUAGUCGUUACUCACCUGACUGAGUUUAGGCAAAGUAUGACAACCUCUUACAUGGAUAUAGUUCAGAUCAAGUUUUGGUUACGAAAUUCGCAUUCUUUUUUUACAUUUCAGAAACAUCAUUCAUGUCUCAGAGCUCAAGUCCUUGUAGACAAUAUUGUCUUCCUACAUAAAUAUUUGCAUGAAGUUCAUUUGAUAAUCACAACAUUAGACAUUCUGGUAUAAAUUUUUUGUUCUGAAAUGUAAUCAGAUAUCGAAAUUUUUUGUUCAA